UAUACAAUAGAAAACUACAUUUCCCAUAAUGUCUUUCGCCUUUCUCUUCUGCAAUGUAGACUAUGGCGUCUGGUGGCAAGCGUUAGAGAGGUCGCUUCUCACGUCAGGUAGAUCAUCAAAUGGUUUGACGAUCUCACCAUCCCAAUUCACAUUCUGUGUCAUGAUGGAGUGUGUCAGUGUAAAGGAUGACAGACCUUUGCACGAGCUGAGGUUUGACGCUGCUGUCAAAGUGAUACAAAGUUUACCCCCCGACGGUUCCUUUCAACCCUCCAAUGACAUGAUGCUCAAAUUUUAUAGUUAUUACAAACAAGCCACAAUAGGACCUUGCAAAAUACCCCGCCCUGGGUUCUGGGACCCUGUGGGCAAAGCUAAAUGGGAUGCAUGGAGUUCUCUUGAAGAUAUGAGCAAGGAACAAGCAAUGAAAGGUUAUGUUGAUGAAAUGAAACUUAUUCUUGAGGGCAUGCCCAUCACGGAUGAGGUGGAGCAGCUCCUGCAGGUAAUGGGCCCGUUCUACGAGCUGGUGGACGAGAAGAAAAAGCUCAGUCAGGUGUCAGACCUGACCACAGCCCGUUUGACAAAGUUUGCUAGACAACUUGAAGGAUUUGGGACGACGUUAGGUUCCAUGCCCUCUAAGAGCGUCACAAUGAGCAUCAUCAGAACCCUGGAGAUGAACGGUACUUUGGAGACCCGACCAGCCAGGCUAGCUCCUCCUAACCAUAACAACAUCUUGGAGGUCGAGCAAAAAGCAGAGGAAAUACAGGAAGACGACGAUGAUAUCGGAGAAGAGGAUGAAGAGGAAGACGUCGAGAUAAGGGAGUCGAAACAAGACCAGAAAACUGCGGUCUCCCAGGCAAAGAAGAAGGGCUCCGCCAGGAAACCCAAAGUGCCUGGGUCUAACGGUAGGGUGGGGAACGGACUGGCCCACCAGACCAAUGGCACCCACUCCUCCAAGUCUGCGCUGAACAGCGACGACUCUGAGGAGGGCUUCAUCAGCACCUCCCUGCUCCCUGAGCUGCAGGUUAACGGGCACCACACAGAUCCAUGUGAAGAUGUGUCUGGUCCCCAUCACCUGGCGAGUGACUCUGACAGUGAGGUGUACUGUGACUCGAUGGACCAGUUUGGUCUAGAGGAGGGCUCAGAUGAGCAGAUGAACUGUUCUCUGGAUCUGGAGGAGGGGGAGGAGGGGGAGAGCCACAGCCCUCUGUCCUCUCAGGAGGAGCCCCAGGCAGGGCUUGGGGCCCCCGGGGUGGAGCAGGACCUCCCAGAGGGCAUGCAGUGUGGAGGGGAGGAACCGCAGACAGGUGGAGCUGCUUCUUAUAGACAGAGACAAAGCACAGAGAGGCCUGAUAGCUCCCUAGUCAGGAGAAGCAGGGGUUCCAGGUCGUCAAGCCAAAGUUCUGGGGCCCAGGGCCCCACGCAGGGCAGCGGAGGGAAUGGGGACCGCUGGGGGGCCGCUGUGCCCCCUGGGGGAAGCCUGAACGAGCAGAUAGUGGUGGCUCUGGCCAGACUUCAGGAGGACAUGCAGAGUGUUCUAGAGAGACUGCACACUCUAGAGGCUCUCACCGCCUCCCAGGCAAGGUCAUUGGCUUUAUCUCCCAAUUAUACAUCAACCCCAGCAAAAAAGAGCAGCAAGAAACCUUCCUGGUGGCCUUUCGAUGUGUCUCCAAGCACAGUGGCCUUCGCAGUGUUGUGGCCAUUUGUGGUGCAGUGGCUUAUCCGUGUAUACUUUCAACGUAGAAGAAGACGAAUCAACUGAGAAGUCUACUGGCCGAAACAGAUAAGGGAGGAGGGAUAGGAGAUCUCUCUGUGUCUUUGAUUGGCUAACGGCCAUGGCCCCCUUCCGCUCCACCCCUUCAGCUCAGUAACUCCAGCUUUUGCACUAUGAAGACGGCACUAGGAGGAGUGAGAGAAAGCUUUUGGCACUAGAAAGUGAAAUCAAAGAAAAAUGUGAAUGUAUUGGAUUGCAUCUUACAUAGUCAUACAGGCUUUUAGAGACGAUACUAGUACCGUACCACGUCAGUCAUUUCUUGGUGUGUGUGUGGAUGUCUCGGAAAGGGAGAUUUGUCCAUUGGAAUGUGGCAGUGUUUAUAUGUUGCUGUCAGUCCUCCUUUUCUUUUAUGUCCGUUGGUAAGAUCUGACAUCACUGGAACUCUGCAUCUGUACUGUAAUAGGCCGAAGGGAGUUUCCUACCAUGUCCUGCAAAUGCUAGCAACUGAGAAACCCUAACCAUAUCCAUAAUACUUGCUUUAGCAAUGCUGCUGAGAUAUUGUACAAACUGUAGUAUACAGUGAAAUGUAAUGGUGUAAUGUGUGAGAGAUGUUAGUUAAUUCUUUUAAAAAAAACUUGUUGAUUUUUCUAUAAAGUUGGUUGUCAUAUAACAACUUGAUAAUGAUAUGAAGACAUUGAAGGCGAGUUUUUAUUACGUUUGGGAAGAUUAGUUUGUUUUCUUCUGUUCAACUGAACUAAACGUCAAAAAAGGUUCACCAAUAUUUCAUAUCUGGAUACAUGUUUAUUCUGGAGUCUGGAAUUUCAAAAGUUUGUAAUACUUUUUCAGAACGGUGAUUGGUCUAGAACAGAUGGUAGGUCUGUGUGGGAUGUGGUUCAGGGACAGGUCGGUUUGAGUUGCAGUUUGGUUCAGAUCCGAGUGAAACACCACAGACUUUACUUUACAGACACAAAUCCAAUGCAACCAAAAGGAUGAAAAAUUACCAUUUGGAUUAUUCUCACUUAUUGCCAUUAUUUGGUAUUUUCUAUAUGUUCAAAUAUAUAUUUUUUAUGUUUAAAAGUAGCAAUGUCAUUCAGUUUGUGUAAAUUGACUCUCAAUCUGCAUAUUUUGUCUGACUGAAAUCAUAUUAGCUUCCUUGUUUGUGUUUUUUAUUAAUUGUAUAAUAAUGAUAGCUGUACAGUAAUGAGAUGUAAAUUAUAACUAAAAUGCAAUAUUUUAAUUGCAUUAUCCUGUAUUAAUGUAGUAUAUUACUAAAUAAUGAAUUUAAUAUAUGUAACAAAGUUUGCAUCGGCAAUAGCACUGAAUCUUUACAGAGCCUUUCAUUUGUUUAAAUAGAUCAAUUCACCUUUUUACUCAAAUCAAAGCUAUAAAAUUAUUUGCCUAUGGGUGGACAGCUCUUUGCAUGUAAUUCAAGCCACAAAUAAAGUUUUCAUUAAUGGUU